UUCUUUUGAUGGGGUGGAUUCGUUUCUGGUUAUUUAUUACUAGUUUUUAAGUUUCGCUUAUCAUUAUCCAAUUAACAUCAUAAGCUGUUUACUUUCUUGUGCUUGCAGUAAAAAUCAUCUAAAAUUGUUCGAAGAUGAGUGAAUCCAACGAUAAAAGUGAAUCAGAACUUUCAAAUGAAACUUUUACUCCAGUUGAAAACGAACAAAGUGAAUUUGUGAAGCUGAAUGUUGGUGGAUACUUAUUUCAAACAACAAUCGCUACACUCACGAAAGUCGAUUGUAUGUUCAAAGGGAUGUUUUCAGAAGGAUUCGAGGCUAAAAAGGAUCCAGAAGGCUGGAUACUUAUUGAUAGGGAUGGAAAACAUUUUGGAAAAAUUUUGCAAUUUCUUCGAAACAUGAAAGUUACUUUACCAGAUAAUGUCGAAGAAAUUCGGGAACUUUUAACUGAAGCUAUUUACUAUUCGAUUGAAAAGUUAACUGUUUUAUGUGAAUCAGAGUUGCGAAUAUGCAAAGAGAAAAAAUGUGUAUUAAUUACAUCAAGUAAUGAAACCUCUAUGUUUAUCAUUCGAAACUCGUUCAAACCUGUCGUUAAAUUGUACAUUUCUCAAACCAACCUGUUGAAUAAAUGCAAUACAUUGACGGCGAUAACAAAUCUGUAUAGAAAUGUUGACCUUUUUGAUAAAUUGUGCAGCAAUACAGAUGGUCGAAUCGUUUAUAUCAAGAAUUUGGCUAAAGAUGAUACACGAUGUUAUUGGACAUUCUAUGAGCAUCACGGUAAACAGGUUGGCUUUAUUGAUUGCAUUUUUAACACUCUACCCCAAAUUACGGUGAGCUUCUCAGAGGGUCAAAUAUACGAAAAAGUUUUGCAAUUACUUGUAAAUGAUUAAAACAAUGGACUCUAAUUAUUUGCUUGAUUUUGAUUUUGUUUUGACCUUACUUGCAUUAAAUAAAUAUACUGUCCCGAACAGAUCAAAAUCCUUGGUGUCAAUUCUUACUCGUCAUUCACCUUCUUAACUGCUGAGAGCACAAUCGAAUCUUUAACAACCGAGCAGUCAUA